AUGACUCUCACUUCGCCGAACUUCUACUGCAAACGCCUUUCUAUCAAUUUCAGCGCCAUUCUUGUACCUAUGACAACGACUCUGUCGCCGACGUCCUCUCGGACGAUGAUGCCUCGGAUGCUGACGACUGAGCCGUUUAGUGGCGAAAGCAUCGUUCACGAGCCUCGCAAGGAACGUGCACUAGCCUAG